GGGGCGGGGCUGAUUCCUCCGGCGGGGGGGGUCUCCCGCCGCCCCCAGGGCUGGGGACCUGGGGUCCCUCCCCCUAGUGUGGGGUAUGGGGGCCCCUUCUCUCCCCUCCCCCCUCAAGCUGGGGUCCCUCCCCCCAGUGUGGGGUAUGGGGACCCCUUCUCGCCCCGUCCCCCAGGGCUGGGGAUCCUUCUCCCCUCCCCCCUCAAGCUGGGGCCCCUCCCCUAAGUGUGGGGUAUGGGGACCCCUUCUCGCCCCGUCCCCCAGGGCUGGGGAUCCUUCUCCCCUCCCCCCUCAAGCUGGGGUCCCUCCCCCCAGUGUGAGGUACCAGGGGUCCUUUCUCCCCUCCCUAGGUGUGGGGCCCCUUGUCCGACCUUACUGGGAUGUUGGAGCGGCCCCGCCCCAGUCCCACCCAUCCCCACUGUGGGGUUUUGGGGCGUCACCCGUUGAGGGUGGAAUUGGGCGGGGUGCAAGCAGGGGAGUGGGUGGCUCAGCCCAUCAGCCUGUGCUUCCCACAGUGCUGUGGCCGUUUUUGGGGCCCUGGCGUGAGGUCCCCUAAAGGGGUCUGGUCCUCAGUAAGUGCUGAGCGCGGGACUCAGGGUUGGGACCCAGAGAUAGAGGCCUCCAAAUCACGGGUUGCCAGGGUGGAUUUGAUUUAAAUCACUGGUCAGGAAGACUCGAUUUAAUCAUGGUUUUCUAUGUAAAAGUGCAUUCUUGUUGGUUCUUACACCCUUAAUACAUAUUCUUCACAACUCAGAGAUCGAUGGAGGUUUCGUUUUUAGAAGGUAAUUUAAUCAUCCUGAUAUCUGCUGGGAGAGCACUACAGCGGUGCACAGACAAUCCAGGAAGUUUUUGGAAACUGUAGGGGACAAUUUCCUGGUGCAAGUGCUGGAGGAGCCAACUAGGGGUGGAGCUCUUCUUGACCUGCUGCUCACAAACCGGGAAGAAUUAGUAGGGGAAGCAAAAGUGGACGGGAAUCUGGGAGGCAGUGACCAUGAGUUGGUCGAGUUCAGGAUCCUGACACAGGGAAGAAAGUGAGUGGAAUGUUAACUGCCUGCCCAGGGAGGGGACACCCUGUAAUGAGAAUCCAUGGAGCCCAGGGGAAUUGUCAAAGCCUUUCCAAAGAGGAAGAAGAUGAGGGAUGACUCAGAGAGGAAGGUCCCUCCAAAGGUCCUGAAAGAGGAGGAAUCUGGGAGCACUGAAGAAUGGCUGAAGCCGGUCACAGCCUACGUGCUGCCAGCGGGCAUCGGGCAGGCCAGGGCAGAGAUCUUUCACAAGCAGAUUGUCCAGAAGGGGGGUCGCGUCUGCAACCAGCUCUCCUCGGAGGUGACGCACGUCAUAGUGGCAGAAGACAUGGACUGUGACCGGGCCUUUCGCCUCCUCAGACUGGCCAAGCUUCCCCCAGGGACCCAGCUGGUGAAGGCGGCCUGGCUGAGCUUGUGCAUUAGAGAGCAGAAGCUGCUGGAUACCACUGGGUACAGCAUCUUCAUCCCAGACAGGUACCUGGAGGAGGGGGAUCUGCCGAAGGGUCAACAGCAGCUCCUGGGCAGUGAGACUGUCCAACCCCAGCCAGAGAAGGAAGCACUGGAGCAGAAGGCUGAAGCACAGACAGCAGCCUUAUUGCCUCAGGGCCCAGCCAUCUCAGUACAGCGGCAGGUGGAGGAGCAAAGCCUUCAAACACAGAGGGUCUCUGAUGACGAAGGAAGCGAAGGGGAAGAAACCAGCGUCACUCAGGGAGACCUGGAAGCACUAAUUUCAGGACGUUGCCCUGAGACCUCAUCGGGGCUGUCCAGUGGCAGCUGUACCGCAGUGCCCCCUGCUGCUGGCAAGUGGGUUUGUGCUCAGUCCUCUGACAGCAAGAAAGAGAAUCACAACCGGCACAUCACAGAGAAGCUGGAAGUGCUGGGAAAAGCCUACACCGUCCAGGGGGACAAGUGGAGGGCUCUGGGCUACUCCAAAGCCAUCAAUGCACUCAAGAGCUACCACAAACCAGUCACCUCUUACCAGGAAGCCUUUAAGAUUCCUGGGAUCGGGAAGCGAAUGGCGGAGAAGAUCCUGGAGAUCUUGGAGAGCGGCCACCUGCGUAAGCUGGACCACAUCAGCGAGAGCGUGGCAGUUCUGGAGGUCUUCUCCAACAUCUGGGGAGCAGGAGUCAAGACAGCCCAGAUGUGGUACCAACAGGGCUUCCGGACCCUAGACGAUAUCCACACCAAGGCUCCUCUGACCAGCCAGCAGGCCAUAGGGUUGAAGCACUAUGAAGACUUCCUGGAGCGUAUGCCACGAGAGGAGGCUAAAGAAAUAGAACAGACUGUGCGAGAAGCAGCCCGGUCCCUGAACCCUGGGCUGGUGUGCAUGGCGUGCGGCUCGUACCGACGGGGGAAGGCCACCUGUGGCGAUGUGGACGUCUUGGUUACCCACCCUGACGGGCAGUCUCACCGCGGCAUCUUCGGCAAGCUGCUUGACAGUCUCCGGCGGAGCGGUUUCCUCACCGAUGACCUGGUGAGACAAGAAGACAGCGGCAACCAGAAGAAGUACCUGGGUGUGUGCCGGCUGCCUGGGCCGGGCCGGCGCCACCGACGCCUCGACAUCAUCGUGGUGCCCCACUGCGAGUUCGCCUGCGCCCUCCUGUACUUCACCGGCUCGGCCCACUUCAACCGCUCCAUGCGAGCGCUGGCCAAGACCAAGGGCAUGAGCCUGUCGGAGCAUGCACUCCACACCGCCGUGGUGCGCGCCCCCGGCGGCCGCAAGAUGGGGCCCGGCCUUGUCCUGCCCACCCCCACUGAGAGGGACGUCUUCACGCUGCUGGGGCUGCCCUACCGGGAGCCUGCCGAGCGGGACUGGUGAUGGGGCUGGGACCAACCCUAUCCUUCCUGCCCUCCCUGUCAUGGGGGAGCCUACCAGCUGCCCGAUGAGUCCUGCAGGCACCAGCGCCCUGGCGGGGAAGGGGGGUUCCCUGCCAGACACUGAAGGGGGGCACUUCUUAAUCUCAUAUCACCGGGCUGCUCCGGGCUCGCUCUGAGGUGGCCCUGGUGGACAGUGGCUGCUGUUGCUGCUUAGUGGCACUUUGUGACUGUCCAGCCAGGCCUGGGAGUUGGGGUAUCACCAGCUCUGGAAUGUAGUUCUGUGCACCUCCGAUCCCAGGAGCCCAAUAGUUACACAUCAGCAGAUGUAGCUCCGUAGAGACGCACAAACCCUCUCUCCGUCCCUGCGCAUCCCCGGGAGCUGCUAUUUCGUGGUGCCUGAGGCAGGCACUCUGGUCUGACACCGUACAGGUCACGCUGCUGGGGGGACAGGAGUGCUCCGAGCUGCCAGGUGAAUUCAGUUCUGCCGUCCCCUCACGGUGGGGCUCAGUGUCGUGAGUAUGGCACCACCAGCGAGCUCACCAGACCUCACAGCGUGGGCACGCCGUGCCUUCCUGCCGUAUGGCGGAUCGCUCAUCUCCCUCUCCCACGUUUCCUCCAGAAGGUCUCCAGUGCCUUGCUCUGAUGAUGUAGACGGAUGCUGGCUUGUGACCCACCUGCUGAUUUCUCUCCAGCGGCGCCCGGAGAGUCGGCUUGGAUGGGAAAGCGACUGAGCGACAAUGCUGCUUGGCAGGUCCUGGGGCACUAACCCAGACAUGCGCACUGACUUCCCGCCGGGCUCUUUGGUACAGCUGCUGUCUCCUCCCCGUCAGUCGGGGGUCUGCUCCCAGCCACAGUGGGCUGGUGGAGGCUGAUCAGUGCCCCUUGUGCUGUGCUCAUUGAAAAUCCAGAAUGGGGCUGCAAGUGGAACACUACUGUUACCGAUUGCAAGGUCGGAAGGAACCACUGUGAUCAUCUAGUCUGACCUCCUGCGUGGCUGGCCAGAAAGCUGCCCCCCGAUACCCCUAGCUCAGAGCUUCGGAGAACACAGCCUGGCUUGAUUUAAAAACUCCGUGGUGGAGAAUCUGCCACGACCCUGGGAAAUUGGGUUCCUGGAAGGGAAGUACAAUAAAAUCCACCCGCUCUCCUCCUUU